GAAACGAAACCCACUUGGAUCUUGCGAAGCAGAGCUAGCAACCAGCAAUGGCGAUGCGGCCAUCCUGGGCUCGCAUUCUCGUGGCCGCGGCCGCCAUCGCCGCCGUGGUUGCGCCGGGCGGCGUGGACGCGACCCCAGAGACGACGUGCAGGGCUGCGGCGGAGGCCGACCGGCGCGUGGACUACGGCUUCUGCGUGUCCAAACUGAGCCAGCACCACGACAGCCCCGACGCCGACACGUGGGGCCUGGCCAAGGUGGCCGCCGACGUGGGCGUCCUCGUCGCCAGCAACGGCCUCUACGACAUCAAGGCCAUGCUCGCCGGCAAGGCGCCGGUCCCGGCCGCGGGUGGCAAGCAGGCGGUGCGCGGCCCGCUGGAGCGGUGCGAGGCGCUGUACGACCGGAUGGGGUCCGCGUUCGCGGAGGCCUACGACGGCAUCGACCGGCGCGACUACGCGGCCGGGAAGGAGAAGGCGCUGGAGGCGGCGUCGCUCGCGCGCCGGUGCGGCGACGCCUUCGCCCGCGCCGGCGUCGUCCCGUCGCCGCUGGCGAAGCAGGGCGCGGACUCCGUCCAGAUGGCGAUCAUCUGCACGGCCGUCACCAGCCUCAUCAAGUGAUGCAUAUGCCAGUGCCAGUUAGUGUUGCAGUUGCCGGAUCGAUCGUCGACCGUGAUCCGAUGUUGUAAACGAGCUUUGUGUGUGUGUGUGUCCCUGUAGCCGCAUCGAGGCCGUUGAGGCGUUGAUGAUGUUUCUUCGGUGCUAUAGCGAUCGAUUAGAAGGAAAUAAAAGUGCGUGAUUUCAUCC